CUCUAGGUGGGGUAACGACAAGCCGAGGCUUUUAUAUGGCAAUGUUAUGAGGGUCCCAUUGUUGGAACACUUUCAAUAUGCUAGCAUUUUUCUUGAAUUUGAGGAGCAAGUCAUUUCUUCGCUCGUCUUCGGGCACUUCGUACCCCUACCCUCGCACCCAUACAACUCUCAUGGUAGUCCCGUCAACUCGCCCCAUAGGACCGGAAGAGCCUCGAGCGCCCAAAAAGCAGUCAAGUGGAAGGCGGCCACCGCUAAAUCGCUCUAUUCCGCCAAUCCCUGAAUCGAAAUCGAACGAAAGCAUUAUGAGCCACUCAUCGCGAAGAUCUAUAGAUAAGGCAGAUGAAUCGCAGCCAUCGGACUGCGUCGUAAUCGAAAACCGGAACGUAGUACAGCAAUUGCAACGAAAUCCACCAAAAUCUAGCACUGGCAUCCCGCGACCAUCAACAACGAAGCGAUUAUCCGAUAGCAAAAGCGGUCACAAGUCCGGCAAGGGCUCGGAAACCCCGAGAAGCCCUCUGAUGACUGUGGCACGAACUGUCAAGAACAAAUUCACGAAGCUGACUAGAAUGGGUCGACAUGAACAGCACGAUGUCUCAAUGAAAGGCAGCCAAAGUUUUUCCGGCAUACGUCAGCCAAAAGCAUCAAUUCCCAAGAGAGUCGACCAAAAUGCAAAUCGUGUCAUAAAGUCGUCGUCGAUGGAAGUGCCGUCAACCAGCCAAGAUACGACAGCAUCCACAUCAAGACACAUGGUUGUCAUACCACAGAAUCCUACCAGGCUAGAGGACUUUUCUGAAGAAGCCUCAUUAGCUGAGCAAGUGGAGCUCAAAGAGAAUGAAGAUCCCGUAAAGAGAGAGGAGAUUACGGUAGCUCGGGUUUCUGAGGUACGACGUACCGUACAACCUCAGCAAGCGGUCUCGAUGACGUUGAGUGCUGAUGUACUGGUCGUGACGAAGGAGUUCGAUGCUUCUGACAGCACAGUGACGCAAAGGUCCGAAACGAAACAUGUCGAAUUGGAGGAAAAGGCAAUGAAUGAAACAGACCCGGCUUACGAUUCCCAACAAACUACAGCUGCAACCGAUUCCGAACGACAACCCCUGGAUAGCUCUCAAUCCCCGCUAUUGGAGCAAUCACCCGAAGAACUUCCCCAGAGCCGUCUGGUCCUUAAAACUCCACAACUCCCACGGAAGCAGCACACCUUUGAGUUGGGACAGAAGAUCCCGGACACUUCUAGCGAGCUCAAAGCAGCUGAAAAGGUUGUGCCAAAAACAGUGGUUGAGGAACAGGCUCCCCAGGUUCCCAUGGAGGAAGGCAGUCCCCCAGCCAGAUAUGUAAUGACUGUGAAAACUCCCGAAGCCAUGCGAAAGCACUUGGCCUUUGUGGUCGAUGAGAGCGAAUCUCAGGCUACUGCUACUCCCGUUCCCAGCUCCCCUAAGAAAAGAAAAAAGAUUAUCAAGCAACGUUCCAUGCCAGAAACAGUAAGGGCUAGUGUCUCACCGGAAAGGUACAUUAUGACCGUGAAGACGCCAGAACCGCUCAGACGUCACCAUACUUUUACCAUCAAGGAGCGUUCGAAAAGCCCAGAUGUGCCCUACAUCGAAGAGGGUGAAAUCACCGAACCCAUUGCUACCGUAGGUCCCUCGGCAGAAAAGCGCAGACGAACACGAUCUGAAGAUGCGAAGAGAACGAAGAAGACGGAGGAGAUGAGCAAAAUAGAAAAGUUCACCAUGAGCGUGAGGACUCCCUUCAUGAUGAGGAAAUUUAAGACGUUCAUGGUUGAGGAGAAGCCAAAAGCUGAGGAGAUCCCGACGUCAAAGAGCGAUGAGCCGUUGUUACAUGCAAAAGUGAGCUUUGCUGAUGAUGUUCAGGAGCAUACCGCUGCCAAAGCGGAGGUUGCACCUGCGCCAGAGCCUAUGCCAACACCUCAUCUAAGAAGGAAGCAUAAAGUGAGCAGGGAGGAACCGAACGAGGUCAAGGAUGAACUGGAGACUCAUAACGAGAUGUUUGUUCUGUCCACGUCCACCCCGCUUACUAUGAGAAAGUUCCAGACCUUUAUGAUUGAGGAUAAGAAGCAAGUGGUCGAACAGCCAGUGAAGUCGCUUACAGAGGGCAAUCUGGAGGCUAUAGCAAGCCUAGAACGAGAGCCUGAACUUAGUGAGAAGACCCCAUUGAAGACGUCGGACAUGUAUUCGUUGACUACGAUGACUCCCCUACCGCUUAGGAAAAAAUUACCCGAUGAGUCCCACCUAGAAAGAAUUGCGCGGGACAAGUCGAGGAGUACGUCGAAGUCGCCAGAGAAGAUGAGCCUGUUUAUCAUGGGUAGAAGUUAUAACUAUGUAGCCGAGAAGGAGCACAAGGAGCCGGAGAAGGAAAAGGAGAAGGAGGUGGUGAAAUGUGCUGUGGUCACCCCGCAACGGGUGGAUGUGGAGUAUGAGACUCCAAGGAGAGAAUGCAGCCAGUCGGACAAUGCUGAACCUAUAGAGCGGAAGAAUAGCUGUUCAUCGGGUGUGACAACUCCUGAAGAGGAAAUUCCGAUGGACACCCAUCUGACCCCUACUGAAGAGGUCAAAGACGAAGUGCUUAUCACCAGGCCGAUAAGACGGCCUCCAGAGGUCACGUCACCGAUUGCCGAAGAGCCUGAAGUGUCGGGAUCGUUUGAGCCCCAUCAGUCCCAGGUUACGGUGGAAAAGACCUUCAAGGAAACGUUCCGAUCCAGCAAAAAAGAAAUGAAACAGCCAGUAUUUCGGCCGCCUAGUCCUCCCAAGGAAAUGUAUAAACCCAUCACCUUGUCAAAAUCUACAUCGCCUCUAAAAACAAAGGAAAGCAUAGAGAAGACAGAGAUGAGCACUUCACAUAGCGAAGGCCGAACGAAGCCACUUCUAAGCAUUCGCUCGAAGUCUGAAGACCGUCGAGAAAAGAAAGCCGAAGAAAAAGAACGUGAACGAGCGGCGAAGAAAGGAAAACGCGACGAUCGCGACAAGGAGCGUUUGCCAAAAAGCCCGAAAAUGCCCAUAACGGCCAGGUCGUUGCGAUCAGCUGGCAAGAUGUUGGCACCGUCAUUUUUCCGGAAAGGAGAGUCGAAGAUUCCUAAGAGUUCGAAGACUGCGACAUCCCCACAGACAGUGACGGCUACAAAAACGCGAAUGUCGCUGCCAUUUAGGAAUGGUCGACGUGCUCCUCUGGCGGAGUUCGAAUCGCUAGUAGUAGAAGACUCGCCAGCAGUUGAGAAUCAUCCGUUGACAUUCGAGAAGUGGAGCAACAGCCCCAGAGGGAAACGACGGCACUCGGCGCAUGUAAAUGGAUUUUCGGAGCCAAUUGUCGAAGAGGGCGAUGGGAAUGGAAAUGUGAGCACAUUUGCCGCAUCCAAAGUGGAGUGUACCAUGUCUCCAGCUCUCCCUCGCCACGAAACCGAUCGUGGACUCAUUGAUGAUGAGAUUUUAGACCAGCCGAUGCUAGUCGGUGACACUUUUUCACAUUCGGAAUCCAUGGAUUGCUUGUCAGCGGUGAGAAGAAUGGAAUUCGAGGCCGAGAAGGCCACACUCAUCUCGAUCGAUCGUUCGCUCAUCGAGGAUAACGAUGCGGUACCGCAGACUCUCGGCAUAGCCAACCUGACGAUGGUCGACUGCUUGCUGUCCGCGUUCAUCCGCACUCUCAGGCCACGACGAACCUAUGACAAUGGCGGGAUGCAAUCAACAACGACGCGAGCCGCUGCCGUCUUUACUGCUCCGCCAAGUGCUUACAGAAAGACCUUGGAAGAUGGUCUCAAUGAAGUCGAAGACAUCCGAAGUCAACUGGAAAAGCUACAGUAUCUGGUCUCACAGGAGAUGCGGGGUCCAGGACCAGGUGUAGACGACAGGGAUGCGUUGCUACGCGAAAACGAAGCACUUCGGAAGCAGCUGCAUGAGAAGGACGAACUCAUCUUGUCUCUUCGACAGCAAAUCGCAGCUCAGCACAGCUAAAGCUAUGGCCAAAGGCCUCCAUGCACAAAUUUUGUCUUUCCUUAUUUUUGAUCUCAGUCGCUGCAUGUGAAAAUGACGAUCUCUGGGUACAUUGUGAUGUU